AUGUUAAAAUUUGGACUUUGUUGUUUAGGCAUAAUAUUUUUAUUGAAGGAAUGACUUUUAUUGAUUAGAGUCGUCAUAGUUCUAACUUUUUUUUGUCUCACUUUCAUAAUAAACUUCGACUUAGGAGUUAUUAAUUUAAUUCAACUAGAUUUUUUAACUUAUUUACUAGUUAGUCUUUCCUUAUGAGUGACAGCUUUGAUGGUUAUAAUAAGAUUUUAUAUUAAGCAUUCUAAGAAUUAUUUUGAGGUGUUUACAAGUCUAAGAUUAGCUAUAUUAUUUUUUUUGAUAGUUAGAUUCAGCACCUCAAAUCUUUUAAUAUUUUAUAUUAUAUUUGAGAGAACUUUGAUCCCCAUUUUUUUAAUAGUAAUGGGGUGGGGGUAUCAACCAGAACGAGUUAGAGCUUCUUUUUAUUUACUAUUUUAUACGUUAACAGCUUCAUUACCCUUGUUAAUAGGAAUUCUUUACAUUAAUUAUCAACAGUUUUCGACAGAUUUUUCUUCUUUAGUAAUCCCAAAUUCUGAUUAUUUACUAUUUUGAAUACUCAUCAUUGCUUUUUUAGUGAAACUUCCAGUUUAUAUAGGCCAUCUUUGACUACCCAAAGCUCAUGUAGAGGCCCCUGUGGCGGGCUCUAUAAUUUUAGCGGGGGUCCUGUUAAAAUUAGGGGGAUACGGCUUAAUUCGUUUCUUACCCUUCGUAGAAAAUAGUCUUUCUGAAUUCUCAGUGUUAUUAGUAUCUAUCGGUUGUGUUGGAGGGGUGAUAGCUUCUAUUAUUUGCAUACGGCAAACAGACUGUAAAUCUUUAGUAGCUUAUUCUUCUAUUGCCCAUAUAGCGUUAGUAGUGGUAGGGAUUUCAUUAAACUCUUUCAUUAGCGUUGCAGGGGCAGUCAUUAUUAUAAUCGCUCAUGGUUUUUGUUCUUCUGGGCUAUUUAGAUUAGUAGGUAUAAUUUACGAUCGAGUCUCUACUCGUAGAAUUAUUCUCAUCCGAGGUAUCAUUAGCGUGGGCCCGUCGAUAACUUUGUGGUGGUUUUUGUUUAGAAUUAGUAAUAUAGCCGCGCCUCCCACCCCAAGUUUGAUAGGGGAGAUUUAUAUUUUUAUGUCGUCAUUGAAUUGAGUGGGGGUUUUAGCUGUGUUUGUAGGCGUUCUAUCAUUUUUUGCAGGGGCUUACAAUCUUUAUUUAUUUGUUUCUACCCAGCAUGGGACCGAUUUAAGUGGUUGUAAAUUGUUUACUGAAGUCAGAGUCCGAGAACAUUUUGUUUUAAUUAACCAUAUGUUGCCUUUCUUAUUAUUUUUUGUUUUAUUAACUAAUAUUUAUUCAU